UAGCCGACAGCGGCGUGGAAUAGAAUUUCAGUUCCAUCCGGCGCUUGACAGAGGAUUCUUGAUUCUUUUCCCCAUUUUGGACCUUUUCAUAAGGUCCCCCCGCAAAUUUUCGUAUCGUAAUUUAUUUUCCCAACUCCAUUAAGGACUUCCAAAGUGUAGCAGAAUGUCUGACACAGAGGAACGAGAUGGAGAGGACGUCCAGGUGGAGGACGCUGCCGCGGCCGCUCCCGCCGUCGAGAAAGGCCCCAUGGACCUCACCACCGCACUGCAGGAGGUGCUGAAGACGGCCCGUGUUUAUGAUGGAUUAGCCCGUGGCAUCCAUGAAUGCGCCAAGGCGCUGGAUAAACGCCAUGCAGUUUUAUGUGUUUUGGCCAAAAACUGUGACGAGCCCAUGUAUGUUAAACUAGUGGAAGCUCUCUGCAAGGAGCACAACAUAAAUCUAAUCAGGGUGGAUGAUAACAAGAAAUUGGGAGAGUAUGUCGGUCUUUGCAAAUUGGACAAGGAAGGCAAACCGCGGAAGGUCGUCCGUUGCUCCUGUGUUGUAGUCAAAGAUUAUGGUAAAGAAGGCGCAGCACAUGAAAUUCUACGGAAUUAUUUCAAGAAGGCGGGUGGAGGCGGCGGCGACGAUGAGGAGGAUUAACGGCGCAGGAGGGCACAUGUCUGUUUUUUUUUGUAAUGCAGAUGCUUUCUGGCGAGUUAGUCGGCCUGAUUUGUUGUUGAAACCGGCACAUGCGGCGAUUUCUCCAAUAAAAAGAAAUUAUUG